UCAUGCCCUGUUUGAUAUUUAAUCAACAAUGUCAAGGAAAACAAAAUCAAUACACUGAACACGCUCUAGAUCUUUCACUUGAGCCUUUGCGUAUCACAGAAGCAUUUUUUGCCUGAGACAGAAUUCAGAGUCUGCAACAGUUUAUGGGAUGAUUACAACCUGCAUUAUUUUUGGGUUGCAAAAACGAAACUAACGUCAAACACGACUUAGCUGGAGGAUCCCUUGGAGGAUUUUGGUGAAUCUUGAUGAUAACGUCGGAGGAGUGGUAAGACCUAAAGCCUUCCUGGAGCGGCAGUCGAUCCUUGAGAAUCUUAAAGCAUUGCUGGAAGUGUCCGUUUCUGGUCUUUCAACCAGAAGGCGGGCAAGAGUCUGCGACUGGCUUCACAAUGGGAAAGGGCGCCCUCCUACUUAUCGCUGUUGUACUAUUUCUCGUGCCAGAAAUCAUUGCACAGACAACAACUGUGGCUAGCUCAACAGUAACGACAGAUGGUAAAAUAGAUACUGCGCCGACGACUUUAGCUCCGACUGACACCAUUACAGACUCAGUCGGCACAACAACCAAUACAGCAUCCAGUGGUGCGCCGAAUGAUGCCACCACCUUAGUUUCAGACAUUGCAACGGUAGAUAGCGCACCAACAACUGAUUCCCCCGGUGGUACAACAUCCCCUGAAAAUGUGACGACGAUCAUCUUAUCGACGGCCAAUGCAACAGAUGUAACAGUCACGGCAACAUCACAACUCGGGGAGCCCGCCAUCUUGUCUCCGGGAGCAAUUGCAGGCAUCGCGAUUGGAGCGGCAGCCUUUGUGAUCCUCGGAGGCGUGGUCAUUGGCGUCGUCGUCGCGAAGUGUAAAUCUGAAGGGUCCGCGGUGGAUGCUGCUCCUUAAUCACUGAGGUGUCAAGGCCGGCAGGGGGAGGGGUGUCGCAGGAAAUGUGAUCACCGUUGAAAUCUGUCUCAUGUACUAUACACAUGGUCUCAAACACUCUACCUUGUCUGCACUCAAUUAUUUAAUUUUUGUCCAACGAGGUGCACGCAAUAUAUACAACCAACGAUUUCGAAUUUCACAGCGUUUAAAUUUCAAACUACGAUGUUCCCUAAACCUGCCAACAAGGAAAGAAGGGCAGGGUCGUCACUAGGGAAUUAUCACCAUGUUACAAUAGCACAUGUUGUAUUGCUACUUACGUUCCAUGCACGGAUUGACCUUCAACAGUAGAACCGCUUUCCAAGUAAUGAGCCUCACUUAAGGAAUGACUAGUUGAACCACAAGGCCCAUGAGGAGGAAAGAAGGGCUGGACCGGAUGGGUCAUGAGGCAGCCCACCGGUCUUAUAAGGAAAAGUCAGUGUUCAUUAAUCUGACCACCCUACCCUCAAAUCCAAAUGAACCAAACAUAUUCAUGCACGCUGUAUUAAUAUUCAAAGACUAGUAGCUAAUACCUAAUAAGGCAAGGAAACUUGAAUGAUGGAUGAAAAAUGGAAUUUCCAGCAAAUGUAUAAACUCCCUAUGAGCUCUGGCAAUUGGGCAGAGAGCCGCACAUCGACCCAGCCGAAUAAACCACAUCAACUACAGUACAACUUUGUCCCAAGUCAUCCUCUUGUGUCGAUCCAUAUAACCUGUCGGGUUAUAGUAUUCAUUCAUUCCCAUGACCCUUACGUUGUCGGGGGAAUUGAGGGCAGACGAUACGGAAGUUUUUCUCCACACUGGUCUGUCAGCGGCCUGGGUCAAGAUGUCCUGUAUACUUAGUUUAUAUCCUAUAGCAGAAAAAUUCUGGAAUAGAGAAAUGUAGUUACAAAAAAAAGUACUACAGGGAAACGUAAACAGGAAGUGAAACUUUGGUCUUACAUUUGAUCAGCCGCGGGCCUGGACUUUUUUCCGCUGCUUGAACUGCUGACAACGUCAAAUUCUAAUUUCAUUGUACAAAGCUAUUUCUAAUUAUUCAAAUAUUGGCCUUUAUUAAUUUCUGUUUGAAUUAGUUUCAUCAAUAUUCAGUGUUAGUGCCAAAAUCAACUCCGUCAAAGCACGAUAGCGCCCUCUAUUGUUCACAGGCGUUUUAGCUGUAAUGAUGGGAUGUCAACACAUGCCAUCAUUCUUUUUUUUUCAUUAGUUGAGUGGAAUGGACCGUGUUUUUUCAACCUCUGCAUCUUUCUCUCUUGAAAGGAAUUGAAGGAAAGAAUUUGGAAGCCUCUGUAAGACUAAGAGCUUUGUAACCCUUUGUACAAGGACCUUUUGUAAAUGUUUAUCAUACCGUACGUAGGCCUGUGGAGUUUUGACAAGUUGAAGUUACAUAGAAUUACAGUUGUGGGAAGAGACAGUUGAAGCGUACAUCAGCGUGAACUCUUGCCUUUAUUUGUGUGCAUAGUAUGGACUUCAAAGAACGAGCGUUGGAAACUUCUUGAUAUACUUGUAGGACCAGUCCAUUCACUCAAUUACCAGAUGUGCGUGAAACAGUGAGAAGGUGGGCAAUAGAGCUUGUAUGAUAAGAGGGGCUCAUGAACUGAUAAAAGGGCACGUACAUUCAGUGACAAGUGAAAUUAUAAGGAUGUGCAAGGAUUGUUGACUGAUCAUUUUUUCCCAUGAGGGUUCCCCGGUGUCCGUCUUUUACGUCAAAGGGUAUACCUGGUUUCCUUCUGUAACGCGCACCACUAAUCAGUGGAAGAUAACACUUGUAAAUAUCUCAUCUCCGUACAUGGCAUUUACAGUUUCACUCGGUUUAUAUCGAUCUAUUUCGUCAGGCAUCAUUGUUGUGACUCUGUGAAAGUUUCAGUUGAGUGAAGAAAUCCUCAGGCGUUCGGAUUUGAAUUUAGUAGCUCUGUUAUUGUUCAUCUGGAUGGCUGUAUUGUGUGAUUCUGUUGUUGAUUUUCCAUUCAAUAUUUGUAUGUCAGAGCAAAUUAAGAUUUGUGAAUUAAUUUGGUAAGUUUUAUGCCAUUAUUUACUCUUAAAGUGUUCUCUGUUGCUGCAACUUCACUUUUGAACUACGGAUUGCAAAGUGAAAUUAACAGUAAUAAAGAUUAGUGGUUAUAAAA